UCUGCAUCUCAUCCCCCGUCUUCCCUCUGUUUCUCAUCCCCUUCUUGUGAUUCGCGUAGUGGGAUACUACAUCGUGGUUUGGCUGCUCGGCUGUUCGUCGAGCGAAACUGCUCCGCGGUUUGCACGAAGCAAUCACUCCUCGCUUUCGGGAGGAAUUCAUGGCGGAAUGCGGAUGAUGCGGGCCUCUCGCCGGCCGUGAUUAAUGCGGUACUCAUACUGUUGUGGCCAAUUGAUUCGGCCAGAUCUUUGGAGAUUGGUUAUCGCAGUUUUUUUUACUCUCUGGACAGCAAGUGAUGUUCCAUAUUGGCAUUCUUCAUCAGAACUGAGGUAUAAGGCGAGCCUUCAAAACAAGGGAACAGUAAGUUGCCGAGCAACAUGUAUCAAAGAAAUGGAAUGGUUAGCUUCUCUACUUCAAGAAUUUCUGAAAGGAUAUAAUAAACAGGAUUGCGAGGCUACAUCUAAUCUACAGAAAUUUCCUCAACACCAUAUAGCAGCACCAUUGAGGGGCGUCGGCCGGAGCAAAGCAGUGGAGGGAGGUUGGUGGCGACCGGCGGAAAGGGGCGGCCAGCUUCUGCGCCCCGGAGGGAGGAGCAGUGGAGGAAGAAGGCCUACCCGUUGUCCAUGGAGGCAUCGCCAGAGGGAGGGGCGGCGAGCAGCGGGACGGGCGGGGAACGCCGGCGGCCGCCACUAA